AUGGACAGUGUCUUGGUGGGCACUAACUCCAGUACUGAACAGCCCAUCUCAUUCUACCUCACUGGGAUUCCUGGCUAUGAGAAUGUCCAUCACCUCAUCUCCAUCCCCUUUUGCGUUCUCUAUCUGAUUGCAAUAGUGGGCAACUGCACCAUCCUUCACAUCAUCCGUACCAAUAAGAGUCUCCAUGAACCCAUGUACUAUUUCUUGGCUAUAUUGUCCCUCACUGACAUGGGCAUGUCCGUCUCCACAUUGCCCACAGUACUGAAAAUCUUCUGGUUUGAUGCUAGGGAGAUUGAAGUAAAUGCUUGUAUAGCCCAGAUAUAUUUUAUUCAAACAUUCUCUCUGAUGGAGUCAUCUGUGCUGUUAGCGAUGGCCUUUGACCGAUAUGUUGCCAUAUGUGAUCCUUUGAGAUAUUCAAGCAAACUCACUCCACAGUGCAUUAUUUAUAUAGGCAUCUUCAUUGUCAUCAGGUGCUCCAUUAUCCUCCCUGUUGUUCUUGUUCGUAUCCCCACGUUUUCCUUCUGUCGCUCCCACGUUCUCUCCCACUCUUACUGCUUACAUCAAGAUGUUAUCAGGUUGUCCUGUAGUGACAUAUCUUUCAACAUUUAUUUUGGCUUGUUUGCUGUAGUAAUUUAUUGGGGUGUAGAUUCUCUGGGAAUCUUUUUAUCAUAUGCCUUCAUCCUCCGCUCUGUCCUAGGCAUUGCAUCUCAAGAAGGAAAGCUCAAGGCCCUCAACACAUGUGCCUCCCAUAUUUGUGCUGUGCUCAUUCUGUAUGUGCCAAUGAUAGGGCUAUCUUUGGUCCAUCGUUUUGCAAAACACUCUUCACCUAUUAUUCAUAUAACCAUGGCCAAUAUUUAUUUAUUAGUUCCCCCAGUACUCAAUCCAAUUAUUUAUAGCAUCAAAACAAAGCAUAUUCGACAAGGGUUCCUAAAGAUAUUGAAGAAGUUUGAUUUUAUCUGUAGACUUGAAGUGACAAGAGUAUAA